GCCAACACCACCGCUCGGCGCUCGAUGCAGGUAGUCGCUCUUUUGCAGCCGUCGCUCGCUCCAGCUCUGUCCGCCCGAGCUUUCACUUGUCGAAUCGCACAUUUGCAGCGUAUGAACUGCAUCGGGGCUCCACAAGGCUGCGUGCGCGGCUUCACCACCCCUCCCUCGCUUUCGCCCGCCCUUCGAACCCCGUUACCGACCUCUAUUCUACACUACAGACAGCAUGGCGACUAAGACGGCAAGAGGGGGCCCACUGGGCGGCAUGCAUACGGCGGGAAUCUUCUCGGACAUGACCGUGGACGGGCCUGUCAUCGGUACCCUGGUUGCCAUCAUGGACCGCGCGAAGAAUCUGCCGAACAGACGGUCAAUGGGGAAGCAGGACCCGUACUGCGCUGCCCGCCUGGGCAAGGAAGCAAAGAAGACGGCUACCGACAAACGGGGAGGACAGACGCCCAAGUGGGACCAGGAACUACGCUUCACCGUCCACGACUCGCCCGACUACCACCAGCUCAAAGUCUCAGUCUUCAACGACGACAAGAAGACGGAAUUGAUCGGAGAGACGUGGGUGACGCUCGAGAACGUCAUCACACCCGGCGGGGGACAGAGCGACACAUGGCAUGGCCUCAAUUGCAAGGGCAAAUAUGCAGGAGAAAUCCGCAUCGAGCUCACCUUCUACGAUACCCGGCCGAAGAUGGAGAAGACACCAGUCGAGAAGAAGAGGGAAAGUACACGGCCGGACAGCCAGAGCCCGGCCAUCGGCGGGCCGCGCGAGAACACGCCCGUGAAGCGUAGGCCUCUGCCAUCUGACCCCACUGGCGCGUCGCCUUCGCCCGUCAAUACUCCAGAGCACCGCGGGUUGCAGGGCGCACAAGCCGGCCCUCGUGGGUACCCGACGCCCCCACGCCAGCAGCGAUCGAGCGAGCAUACGCCGACUCACCAGCGCCGGAGCUACCAUCCAGAUACACCCCAGCGGAGGCCUCUGCCUGAUGCGUCGCCCUCAACCGAUACUCAGACUCCUCGACAUCAGCAUGCGCCACGACCUGCGGAGCAGGACUUGUACCACACGCCACCCAACCCUCGCUCGUCGAACACCAAUCUUUCCCAGCAUGACGAGAAUGGUUUCGAUAUGUCCUAUACAGCACCGAAGCCAUACGAGGUGCAGCCAGUCGACCCACAACACCCCAGAGAUUUCGAGAACCGGACCAUGUCUCAGAACGACUCUAGGUCCUCGCGCGGCUUCUCACACCCCCAGCCCAUCGAUCUUCCUCAUUCCCACUCCGCUCCCGUAGUUCCGACGCACAAUUCAUACGAUCCGGAGCCUGUGCCGCAGGACCCCUAUAGCGACACCGCUGGCUAUCCAAACGGGCACAUGUCUCAGCCUGAUGGCUACGCUCAAGACACAUAUCAAGACCCGGCAUACCAGGUGGAGCCGCUCCGGCUGAGCCGUAACAGUCGCAGCCCUGCCCAAGUCUCGCCAGCGGGUCUUUACCAAGCAACCAGUAGCUAUGGGGAUCCGCAGAAUCCGUAUACUUCGCACGGACGGAGGGCUAGCUCAAUGCAGCCUACGGUGGAGGAUGAGGAUGAUAUCCCGCCUCCACCACCGGUGCACAGGAGCGAUGCACACACUUUGGUUCAACAUCACCAACCGCCUCCGCCUGAUUACCGUGGUGACGAGCUAGCACCUCUCAAUACCCAGCGGUAUAGGGAAGAAUCGUCCGGUUUUGGAUAUGACUCACCCCCCGAGUCGUACGGGUUGAACGACUACGGCAAUCCUUACGUCCAGGAACGCCGGUAUACCCACCCCGCUCCAUCGAGUCGACCGGUAUCGCGUGAUGUGAUGGUGCCAUCUCCUUUACGGAACGAAACCUCUGUCAUUCCUUCCAGUCUAGUGGCUGGCUACAGUUCCUCUCGACAGAACAGAGACUCAGCGGCGUACCAAUCCCCACCGUCCUACGAACCCCCGCCGUGCCUGCGACAGUACUCUGAGCCGGAUUAUCGAACGCCUUCGCAAUAUGACACGCCAACUCGGCCUCAUCCGUUAGCUCAUCAUCAGUCGGCACCCCCACCGGAUGCAUCACCGUACUACCCGCAUGAUCCGCCCGAGCAACCGCGUCGUAGAUCUCCUGCUCAAGAUCCCGCCCCGAUAGUCAAACCCCGCGCGAUAAGCCCCGGUGCAAGUCCCGUACCAUUGCACAGCCCGGCUGAUAGCCGUCAACCGAGAAUGGCUGCUCGCGGCAUGCCAACACGGAAGUCUGUCUCCCCCCGACCACCUUCUUUUGUUGAGCCUGAGCGCCGACUCUCUGGAGUGCCUUUCAACCCGGACAGCUUCGACGUAUUCAACCCAGCGCUGUCUAAAGCGAACAGCAAUGGGGCUCCGGAUCCCGAACGGCCCAGCAGUAGCAUGGAGGUAAACGAGAAAGGGCAGAUUGUCACGUUCAACGGCCGUGUUGUCGAUGCAUCCGACCAUCUGCCCGUCGACAGCUGGGCGCCUGAACCAGAACCGAAAGGUGACAAGAAGGAGCGGACAACUCGUUCGCGCCCCGCGUUGAGUGGUGCUCGCGAUCUCGAGGCUGCGAAACAGAGAGAAGAGAGGUAUCGCCGAGAACGGGCAGAGCGUGAGCGGAUUAGGAACGCCGCGAACGCGACGUUCGGCAGUUCCAGCAAUGCCUUAGUGACUUCUCGUCAUAAUUUCAGCAAUAACAAUUCCCCCGCGAAUUCGGGAGCGAUGGUACUUGCUGAUCGCGAUGGUACGCCGCCAUCUGCAGGCCGUAACAGGCUUCAGAAGCGCAAUGGGCGUCCGAUGUCCACCUAUGAUUCUCCGACGCAUUCCCCCCCCGUUACCGUUCCUAUGCCGAACACGAACGUCCUUCGCGAGUGCGAGAACCUCGGCGGAUAUGGCAGUAGUCUGGGCUACAGUAGUGCCGGGGCUAGACACCCGGUCGCCGCACCACCCAUACCUGCAAAGAUUCCCCUGGAAAGAGGGGACGAGGAUAUGACGGCGCUGAGCUUGGAGCUACAGAGCAUUGAUAUCGGGCCCGGGAGCGGCGGACGGCGGGGCAGGGGCACAGCGCGUAGGUAUGGUUUUUAGCAGAUAAUGCAUAAUAAGUAAGUUCCACGCUCUCCUAAUCUUGGGCGGAUGCUUGUGUAUAUAUAGAAUCGGGGCGGGUAGGUUCGGUGGGCGGCUUUUGUGCAUUUUGGUUUCUGUGUUCAGGCGUUCAUACAUUUGCAUGGCGGCGACCUUGCAUAGAAACAAGGCUGCAUGACCCUUCGGGCACGUCUUUCUUGUAUGUUGUUUGCUGCAUCAAGAAUAUUGAUAUCGUUACCCC